GGUUGGAGUGGCCGGUCCGAGCCGCUCGCCCCGGGCCGCUCAGCCUCCUCCCCUAAAGGGGACCGCCCGGCCGCGCCGCGCCAGGGCCGCCGAGCACAAGGAAGAAAGUUUGCCGCGCCCGGACGAGUCGGGCCGCCGGAGGAAGGGAAGGAGCCGGAGGACCGGGACCUCCGCUCUGAGUUUGUGCAGCCGUCGUGGCGUCCGGGGGGCGGCUGCCCGCCGCGCACUGCAGCCGCCGGGCUUCGGGCCACCCCGCGGAAUGGGGCGCGGGGUCCGGUCCUAGGCGGGAGCCGCAGGCUGGUCUGGAGGCCGGGGAGGAACUUCUUCCGCGCGCGGCCGCCUGGGCCCUGGCUGCCGGCAGAGACUCUCCGGAUCCGCGGGGGAAGGACUGACUGCUCUCCGCCGGGAUUCGCCUGGGUUCCGGCGGCGGCAGCAGCUGCGGCUGCGGCUGCAGCGUCUCCCUUUGUCCUCUGUGGACCUCCCUCCCGCCCCUUCUCCCUCCCGCUGUCAGGGAGUGGGUUCCGCUGCUCCAGGCGCCGGCGCCCUCGCAGCUCGUCGCCCCAGGGUCCUGGGGGACUCCUACCCCCGCCGCCGCGUCCCGGGGAGCCCCGCCGAGGGGGCCGGGAGCUGACGGAGGCGCAGGCCCCCCGCAGGAUGGUGGCGCGGCUGUCGCUGGCCCGCAGUCCGGGGAGCUGGCUGGUCCCGGGGCUGUGGCUGCUGGCCCUCGGCGGUCCCGGGGGGCUGCUGAGCGCCCAGGAGCAGCCCAGCUGCAGAGGCGCCUUUGAUCUCUACUUCGUCCUGGACAAGUCUUGGAGUGUGGCCAAUAACUGGCUUGAAAUUUACGAUUUUGUCAAGCAACUUACAGAACGAUUUGUGAGCCCUCGCAUGAGAGUAUCUUUCAUUGUGUUUUCUUCUCAAGCAACCACUAUUUUGCCAUUAACUGGAGACAGAGGCAAAAUCAAUCAAGGCUUGAAGGACUUAAAAGAUGUUGUUCCAGUAGGAGAGACAUUCAUCCAUGAAGGACUAAAGAAAGCAAAUGAACAAAUUGAGAAAGCAGGAGGCUUAAAAACCUCCAGUAUCAUAAUUGCUCUGACUGAUGGAAAGUUGGAAGGUCUGGUGCCAUCAUAUGCAGAGAAAGAGGCAAAAUUAGCCAGGUCAUUUGGGGCUAGAGUUUAUUGUGUUGGUGUCCUUGACUUUGAACAAGGUCAGCUCGAAAGAAUUGCUGAUUCCAAGGAACAAGUUUUUCCUGUCAAAGGUGGAUUUCAAGCUCUUAAAGGAAUAAUUAAUUCUAUACUAGCUCGGUCAUGCACUGAAAUCCUGGAAUUGCAUCCCUCAAGUGUAUGCGUAGGGGAGGAAUUUCAAAUCGUUUUGAAUGGAAGAGGACUCAACUUGGGCAGUCGCAAUGGCGAUGUUCUCUGUACCUACACAGUAAAUGACACCUACACCAAGAGUGUAAAGCCAGUAAGUGUGGAGGGGAAUUCUGUGCUUUGUCCUGCACCUAGUCUGAAUAAAGUUGGAGAAACUCUUGAUGUUUCAGUGAGCUUUAACGGAGGAAAAUCUGUUAUCUCGAGCUCAUUAGUAGUCACAGCCACAGAAUGUUCUAAUGGGAUCGCAGCCAUCAUUGCCAUCCUGGUGUUACUGCUGCUCUUGGGCAUCGGCUUGAUGUGGUGGUUUUGGCCUCUUUGCUGCAAAGUGGUUAUCAAGGAUCCUCCUCCUCCACCACCACCCUCUGCACCAGUAGAGGAGGAAGAGGAUCCUCUGCCAAACAAGAAAUGGCCAACUGUGGAUGCUUCCUAUUAUGGCGGUCGAGGGGUUGGAGGAAUUAAAAGAAUGGAGGUUCGCUGGGGUGAUAAAGGAUCUACUGAGGAAGGUGCAAGGCUAGAGAAAGCCAAAAAUGCUGUGGUGACAAUCCCUGAAGAAACAGAGGAACCCAUCCGGCCGAGGCCACCUCGACCCAGACCCUCGUACCAGCCUCCUCAGACAAAGUGGUACACACCAAUUAAGGGUCGGCUGGACGCGCUCUGGGCUUUGCUGCGGCGGCAGUACGACCGGGUUUCCUUGAUGCGACCUCAGGAAGGAGAUGAGGGCCGGUGCAUAAACUUCUCCCGAGUUUCGUCUCAGUAAAAAGAAAGAAAGACCAAGAAGGUAUGAAGAUGGUACAUCUUCACACUGUUGAUUUCCAACCCAAUGGAAAACCUUAAGUGCAUCUUAGAAGUUUUUGGAAGAGCAGCUUUAUUCCUCUCAGUCGGGAAAUGUUUUCUCUGCCUUCUGCUUUGCUUGCACCAGACAUUUUCAAACACUUGUUCUGCCAUCUACCUGGGAGUUGAUGAAAAGCAGUAGUAACUCAUGAUUCAUGGCACUGAAAAUAAAGAGGACCAUUAACCUACAUGCCAUGACUUAUACAAAAAAGUUUGCAUGAAUGUGUAGAAAAGGAAAACAAUAAAAACAACAGCAUGAAGAUGAUAUCAAAACGGAGACCACAAAACAACUGGCCAUGAUGGAUCUUUAAUGAAGAAAGGAGUGUUGAACAUGGUAACAUGGCUCCCGUGUUUCCACAUGGCAAGAUUGUGUAUCCACAGGCAGAGUAUGAGAUUUCCCGCCAGACUCAGCAAAUAAAGGAGUCUAUUGCCUUAUAGCUCUGUCAGAUCACAAAAUAAUCCUUCCACGUUCCCUACCGCAAUGUGCCUAUGGGAAGCUUCUGCCUGGAAAAUCUUGUCAUUCUAUCACUGAAAAGUGCACACGCAUGACAAAAUGUAGACAGUAUGCCCCCAGGUAUUGGUAGCAAGCAAGAUUUUGCCCUUUAGUUUUUCAAGACACCUUUCUUUCAUUAUGCACUUGGGAAAGAAGACAAUUAAUAGAGCAUUAUUACACAGGAAGACAGCCUCUACCCAGAGGUCUUGAGUGGAGUGUGAGGGACUCAUGAUUUGAGAACUUGUCCCUGUGAUUGGUCGACUUACCCCUCUUUCUCUGUUUAGGGUUUAGUAGUGCAUAAAGCAUCAAUAUCUGUAAACAUACCAAGCAGUUUUGUUUGCUUUUAAUUUAAUGGAAGCAGUAACCACAAAGCUUCCGCUCAGGGUUUUUUCUUUCUUCAAGUCUCCAAGGGCUCCUCAGCGUCACAAGCCAGCAACUCUCUUUGCAUGAAAAUUUCAAAGUUUAAUUAAUAUAAUUAAAGGCAACAGCAAGCAGCAGCCUGUGAAGAUUUUGCUCAUCUUUUUUAUGCCUUUUGACAUUGAAUGACCUAUUACUGUAUGCGCAUUACUUGGAUUUCGAGGGGGCACUUUAUCUUGGAUGUGAUUCAGUAGAGAAGAAAAGACCUCCACUCAUCAAUUUGAAAAUUAAAUGUUCAGGAGGAUCAGCCACCACAAAACAUCGAAAAUGUAUAUAUUAGAAUUUUUUAGAAAAACCACCAUCGUGUCAUGUCGACGAUGCCAAAUUAUGUUAGCGUGAGCGGAAACACGGUGGGGGAGGAAGAAGGCAGCAGCUGAAGAGAAAAGCUCAAAUGAUCUAGUCACUUUCGAUACUGAAUUUCAGAUGCGAAAUGGAUAUUCGACGCGAAACCUGACAAAGUGCGCCAGCUUUGAUGUGAACUGGUAUAGACAAUGACCAGUGGCUGGGUCAGUGGGAUGUCUCUCUGUGAGCACAAAGGCUUAUCAAAUGACACUAAAAAUAAGUUCAACAACCAUCACGUUGGAAGGGAGAAGGCGAACAUUUCAUGUUUGGCGGGCAUGUGAGUGCACAAGAUGGAAAGAGCGAUUUGGAGCAACCCAGUUUAAUUACCCCCAUUGUGCUCUUCAUGGAAAUUUCAAAGGACGGGAGUGAUUCUGUGGGUUGGUGUCCAGAUUUGUGGAGCUGCUCCAAGAAGCCUGACUCACACACGCAACUAUAUAUGUACAUGUAUAUCUUCUAGCUUGAAUCUUUUGCUCAAGUUUAUUUAUGUCACUGGCUGGCUGGAUCCAACGUCAUGUGUCUACAUAUUCAUAAAUAAAAUUUUACCUGCGCCUCUGCUACCAUUUUCUUUAAGCCUACAUAAACUCAAGCCUUGUUUGGUUGAAUAUAUCAUUGUCCUGGUUAGUUUUGGGGACAGAAUUAUAUUGCGCCCCCAAAUGUCCCCUGUGUUCACAAGUGAUACUAUUGGCAGUAAUUAUCCAUGUGUGCAAGUGUGACUUGGAAGCCCAUUGAGUUCUUGUAGACCUUUCUUCUACAUUUGCAUCUGGGACAGGGCCUAUCCCUAUUUUCUUUAAAUUGGCACUUCGUUUCUGAUCAGUGCACAUUCCUAAAUGGCAUUUAUGAGUAUCAAGGAUGCCUAGAAGCUAAAGCUUUUGCUUUGAUAGUGACUUUGAAUUUAUCUAGUAUUGUAUGGCAUUUGUAUGACACUUGUAUGUUGCUACAUGAGCACUGUAAGUAGACCUCUGCCUUUAAAUGGCAAAGUAGCUUUCGGUGGAUUGCUGUGCAUAUGAAUUUGCAGUUCUAAUACCACUAUGAAGAAUUCUCCGUGAUGACAGAGAGGCAUUGGUCUACAUGUACUCUAAAAAAGUACCGUUCAUAAUGUUUAAAGACAGAUGAAUUUCAUUGCACUGAAAGAUAUGAGUCAGCUUUAUGUUACUACUUUCUCUGAUCAGGCUAAGUAGCAAAUGAGAGGACUUUUCUUUAAUGAGUACUGUUUUCUCACUACAUUGAAAACCUCUAGACCAGUGGUUCUCAACCUUGGCUGCACAUUAGAAUCACCUGGGAAUCUUUUUAAAAUCCUGAUUUCUGGGCCUCAUCCAGGUGAUUCUAAUGUGCAGCCAAGGUUGAAAACCACUGCUCUAGACCUUUCAACCAGGAAAAUAAAGGGGUCAUAGAAAGUCAUUUCCAUAAGUUUAAUAACAUUUUAUAUUUUAUGUAGAGAAAAAGUUCCUGUUUAAUUUUUUGGACUUAAGUUCAGUCAAGAUUUCUGUGAAUAAAUGAGUAAGCCUUUAGCCAUAAUCCAUUUGUGUUGCAUAAGGUUUCAAAAACAAUUAAGUGGGAAAUGACUCCUAACUUAUGUGUCUACUCUGCCUGGAAAGAAAGUUUUGAAGGCAUCUAUAUAUAUUUCAUAACAAUGUCUGUUCUUUAUGGAUUUGAUCCAUAAAUAUUUAUCUAUCUGAAAACUUUGAUACUUGGAAUGUUUUCCUUAAAGCAUUUGGUGCUCCAAGAAAAAACAUUUGGUGCUAAGAGUUGCAUCACUGAUGCCUUUCCCCAAGUUACUUCUAUUUUAACAUUUUAUAUUUCCUUCCCAAUGAGAUGCAGAGUAACAUGUGAGACCCUCCAUCAGCUGGAAGCAGCAUCUGUCACUAUGGAUAAUUACUACUUUGACAAAAAUAUAUAAGGUUUAAACCUCCUGUAUUUCAGAUUGUUAGAGAAGAAAUGAUUUGCUUAUAUUUCCCUUGAACUUUAUUCUAACCACUUUAAAUAAUAAAUUAUUCAAUAUUUGUUUUUCAAAUAAAUCUAUACUGGGUAUAAGAUCUGGUGUCUCUGUGAACUUAAUAACUUUAUCUAAAUAUCAAUGGCCAUUGUUUACUGCUCAGAGGCAAUGUAUUGGUUUAUUUUAAAAAUUAAAACACAAUAUUAUGGCCAACAAGGUAUCUAAAAUAUUGUUGAUUGAUCAGCUUACAUAUAUUAUUUAAUUUUAAAAAAGACAAACUAUAACUAGAUCACAUUUAUAAGUAUUGUAAAGCAAGUAUUUUUUCAUCACCAAGCCUUGGGUUAACUUCUGCUAGAUUUUGUACAGCCUCACAUUGUUAGGAAAUUUAUUAGUGUUUUAUUGCUACUGGUAAUUGUUGGUGGGUGUUAAGUGCACAGGAGAGAAAUGCAUACAUUCUUUAUUGUGAUGUGAAUGGAAAUGUAUAAUCUAGAACCAUAGAACAACUCGGUACAUCUGCUGCAUGUUUAAGGAAAGAAACUUGCAGGUGAGAUUGGAGAAUGUUGUCUAUUUGCUGGUAAUAAAGUGAGCGUAACCAUG